CGCUUUUAACUUUUUGAUUUUCCCUCCCGGCGUAGUAAGUACUUCCUGCAUCAACUCGGGACGGGAGAGGGUGAGGGGUCAGAGACAGAAACGAAGUCCCGGAGACAGGAUUCUUUUCGCAGCAGCAUCCCGCUGCGGCUUCGCGAGGUGAAACAUUGCACAGGCAAGUGGGCCAAAAUUCCCGGGGAGGACUCCCGACUGCCUCGCCUGCCGAACAAUCCAUCACUCCGGCUGCCGCUACGGCAUAGGGAGCCAUGCGACAGUGGUGCCUUCCGGCUGUGGCUCCACGCACAGAACCGCUCCUGACUGGCCGACUGUCACCUCAAUUGUCAGAUGCCAGGAUGGAAUGCUGCGAGGUAGAGCCUCGGUACACCAUCGAGCAGAUUGACCUGCUGCAGCGCCUGCGUCUGUCGGGGCUGACCAAGCCCCAGAUCGUCCAUGCCCUGGAGUCCCUGGAGAGGCUGGACUCAGACCACCGGUCGCCCUACUGCGACACCCACGCCACGCCCGCCAACGCUCCUGCCGCUGCAGCGGCUGCCCCGUCUUCCUCCUCCUCCUCCCUGACUUCCACUACCACGCAGACCCCCAACAUAGACACCUCCCCGUCACCAAGCAACAGCUACGAGGCUUCCCCCCCACCCCAGUACCCCACCAGUGGGGGUCAGAGGUCGUUUAGCUACGACAUACCUGAGGAGGACUGGGACGUGGAAGAGAAAGUGGAGGAGUAUAUGAGGAGGGACAGUAACUUGGUGAAGGAGGAGAUCAAGGCUUUCCUCAACAACCGGAGGAUCUCGCAGGCCAUCGUGGGCCAGGUGACAGGGAUCAGCCAGAGCUACAUCUCCCAAUGGCUGCUGCAGCAGGGCCUGGAGAUGAGCGACCCCAAACGGAGAGCCUUCUACCGCUGGUACCUGCUGGAGCGCAACAACCCAGGGUUCCGAUGGAACGAAAGCCAGCAAACGCAGGUCCCCAGGACGAGGACAGAAACCCCCUGGAACAGACAGAGAGAGCUGCUGAUGCAGCUGCUCCCCUGGUACUCUGCCCAUCAAACACAGCCAGGUGCCAGCAUGUCUGUGCGUUCCCUUGUGAAAGAGGAGCCGGAUUGGAGGUCCAGUGGCAGCCCUGCAGCGAACGGGGUGGGGGGCGGACCUCUGCGGCUGCGCAGGGGGAGCCGGUUCACCUGGAGGAAGGAGUGCCAGUCCAUCAUGGAGAGUUUCUUCGUUGAGAACCAGUACCCAGAUGAAGCAAGGAGAGAGGAAAUCGCCAAUGCCUGUAACUCUGUGAUCCAGAAACCUGGAUGCAAGCUGUCCGAGUUUGAGAGAGUUACGGCCCUCAAAGUGUACAACUGGUUUGCCAAUCGCAGGAAGGAGAUGAAGAGGCGGGCCAACAUCGAAGCUGCCAUUCUUGAAAGCCAUGGAAUUGAAGUGCCAAGCCCCAGCUGCCACUCAAAUGGAGAGGAAGUAGAGGUUUCUGAGUUCUGUGAGCAGGAAGAAGUGUCCUCCAGGAAGGACACUGAGGAAGACGCUGGCUCACUGGCCCUUGAGGUAGCGGGCCUGCCCAGCCCUGGCGACCAGCUUGUGACUCAAAAAGCAGAAGAAUCUAAAAGGGAGGCAGCUGACGAGGAGUGAAUCCCGGGCAAGAACUUCAGGAAAGGACAUGGAUAAAGCUGGUGAAUCAAAGCUCCUGAACUGAGGGCUUCAGAGGGUGAGGUCAAGGCCAGGGGUGGUACGAGGUAUUCCUCUGGUGCCCCUCCCUCCCUGCCCCCUAGUGGUAGGGAGGCCACAGUAUGUAUCUCCAGUAAUUACGCUAAUAUUAAUGGCAAUAUUAAUCUCUUUAUAGUGCAUUCCAAGAUGAGUCUUAUUAAAGACCAUCUGAAAGGGAGAGGGAAGCAGGCUGUUAGAAGUGGGUGUGUCGUAGAGGGAAGGCCACUCCCUACUGCUAAAGCAUUUAUUUCUACCUUUUUCCGCUGCUUUCAUUUUAACGGCUUGGUGAAUUUCAGCGUUAAGACAAAAAAAUGGCCGCAGCCCAUGUGACUAACUCAGCUGUAACUUGAGAAUGGGUCCUGCAGGACAGGGAGAUGUGUGUGAGGUACACCUUCAGGGUCAGUGUGCUAUGAUGUGCUGUGUGAGUUCCCGGGGGGGGUAGGGGGUUAGGGGGGUUGGGGGGGAAGGGGGGGUGUUGACAAUAGAUGGGGACACUAACAUGUUCUCAGGUUUUCCGAGACUGUAAACAAAAAAACAAAAACAUGUAUGUAAGUAUACCACGUGGAAUUUUUGGAUCAAAAUUAUUACCCAUAAGUCCAUUGUCACUUAAGUGCUUAAUAUGUCAAAUUCACUGCUGUAGCUAAUUUAGAGGACAUUUUAAUAGGCCAAUUAUAUUGUGAAAACCUUAAUCUCUGUGAGAAGACCAUUGUGUCAGCAGGCAAAGCUAGUCGGCCGCAAGAGGUAUUUUUAGAGCUUUUCCACUGUGACGAGAAAGCAAUAGUAACGGACAAUUAUAUUCCUAGUGCCGCUUUCAGUAAAGUUUAACCCUUCUGAUACAGCCACAAGGUAAGAACAGAGAGAGAACACAAACACACUACGGCCAUUGCUCAUAAUAUGCUGUGAUGAUGUUUCUAGUUCUAAGGCCAUUUUGAUAAGCUAAAGCUUUAUGACUGCAAAGCUGCACUUCUGCAAGACACAUGGCUGACUUUACGCAUUAUGCAUCGAGCUGCUUCCCAGUUAAGUGGUCCACCUUUGGAAAUAUAACCACUUUAUCUCAAGGUCCUUACACAGCCAAAGUCAAACCAGGAUACAUUUACGCAGACAUAAGGUGUCAAGAGAACCGAUUAAAGGCAUAACCUGUUAAUAACACGGAUUAAUCAAAUCAAUGAGUGUAGAAAUGAACACGGGGCAGCUUAAAGCUGUGUAUUAAAGUGCAAUACUGGCCCUGUUCAUCUCUGCACUAGCUCCAGUGCUGUAUAUCGAUGUGGGCAAGACCCCUUUCUGUCUGCUUUUAUCUGAAAACUAAUAAAACCAAUAUAGGUGACUGUAA